AAGACCUAGCAACUCUCAAAUCUUUUCGUCUAUAAACCCUUCAGUUUCAGACAUCUCAAAACAAAAACCAAACCAGGGCUGUUUUUAGUUUCAGUUGAGUUCAAUCUUUGUUUCAGAAUGGCAGACGAGUUGGUUUUGUUGGAUUUCUGGCCUAGUCCAUUCGGGAUGAGAGUGAGGAUUGCUUUGGCUGAGAAAGGGAUAAAACAUGAGUACAGGGAAGAGGAUUUGAGGAACAAGAGUGCUUUGCUUCUUCAGAUGAAUCCUGUCCACAAGAAAAUCCCUGUUCUUAUCCAUAAUGGCAAGCCUGUUUGUGAGUCACUCAUCCAGGUUCAGUACAUUGAUGAAGUUUGGCAUGAUCAGGCUCCUUUGCUCCCUUCUGAUCCUUACCAAAGAGCUAUUGCUAGGUUCUGGGCUGAUUUCGUUGACAAGAAGAUAUACGACCAUGGGACGAAAAUAUGGAGAACCAAGGGAGAAGAACAGGAGGCAGGGAAGAAAGAAUUCAUUGAGUGCCUUAAGCUGUUGGAAGGAGAGCUUGGAGACAAGCCAUACUUUGGUGGAGAAAAUUUUGGUUUUUUAGAUGUUGUCCUUGUUCCAUUCUAUAGCUGGUUCCAUGCUUAUGAGAAGUGUGGCAACUUCAGCAUUGAGGCAGAGUGUCCCAAGCUGAUUGCAUGGGCUAAGAGGUGCCUGCAAAAGGAGAGUGUGUCCAAGUCUCUUCCUGACCAAGAAAAGGUCUAUGGUUUUGUUUUGCAGUUAAAGAAAGUCUUCGGAAUUGAGUGAAAGGAGACUGUUUCUUUUCAUCACGUUUUAUGUUUUGAAAUAAAGGGGCACUUAGUUUGUGCCUGGUAUUUGUUUUGUGUUGUGAGAGUUGAAUGCUUUUUCCCGUAUUUAAAGAUAGAGCACUUACCUGUGCUUGGGGUUGUGAUGUAAACUUUAGAGUUCAAAUAUAGUAAAUGUAGUUCCUUUGUUUAAA